CAAAAUACUCUGCAUUUAUUUGCCGGUAACGUUGAACAUUGAAAUCACUUGACGCCGCGCGCACAACGCGUCAGCUUUUUAUUAAAUCUAUGUGGUCGCAUUGACAAACGAACCAUAAUAAAUUAAAUUAUUCACAAUGGACAGUGCCCGUACUGAGAGAAGGAAACCGCGGAAACUUAUGAAAGUAGAUGAAAUUCUAUCUCAAUCCGAAUAUGUGAGAAAUAAUAGAAAGUACUGGAAUGAGGUGUUCCAUAAAAUGGAUACGUACCAUCAGUCGGUCGAAAACGAAAGCAGAAUGUUAGCAGAAGUGCUGCCAAAGGAUUUGUAUGAGAAAGUUUGUGCGUCACUAAAUAUUCCGAGGACUCAAGUCGAGGAACCAAAGGCUGAAGGGUUUAAAGUAAAUCUACCACGGCGUACAGUGAAAGAACCACAAAUAUCUACUAGGAAAUGCCUGUAUGUGAACAGGGAGUUGGAUUCCGACACCGACGUGGAGUUCUGCCCCAGUGAUGAAGAAGAGCAGCCGAACAUUUACUUGGAGAUGUUGAACAAGCCGGUUAGGGAACAGAUAACUUGGCCGACUCGCUACCUGCAGCCUGAGAAGGAGGACGAGAAGAGUCUAGUCAAGAAAGCUGAUGAUCUUACUGACAGAAUUGCAAAUGAAUUUUGUGAAUACAUGAAACAACUGGGAGGUGAUCAGCAAUCGAAGCUGUUCACACCUAAGGCUAUCAAGGAACUCUUUCAAAUAGAAUUUGAUACUCACGUAGCGCAGAGCCUGAGCGUGGUGCCCAAGGAACUGCCAUGUGUCGAAGAUAAAAUCGCCAACGUUACGGGCAAUCCUACGUUAUCCCGCUACGCGGCAUUGAACCGUGAGAUCACCAAGGACAUCAAAGCAGAACAUCGUAAUCCAAACCUCACAGCAUUUAACCAGAGCCUCCCAAUGCCCUCUCAGUAUCAUCCACCACGGAAUAACACCAAGAAACUAUGGAGAUCAGCUCGACAUGUGCCUAAAGAACUCGUCACUCUUAAAACUGUUUGGGAAGGAAUUACUGGCCUUAGGAGUGUAAAGGAGUAUUGUCGCUGGAUGAUCCACCACCCAGAACAUCGUCGACCACCAUACUUAACAAGCCUUGGUCUUUUCGACCCUGCGGUCCUAGACGCAAGGCUCACUUUCGAAUCCGAGUACCAGAUCACACCACCUAUUGGAUCUCCACAUGGGCCACCAGAAUCCAUAGAAAAUAUCCGAACACGAAUUUCAGAUUCCGGUGAAUCGGAAUAGAAAGAUUAAAAUCGAUACGACGGAUUAUAUCGAUUCUUAUCACAUCACUAUGUUUUACAACACUUACGUAUUGCUCAUGAUAUCUAUCGAUCGGUAUUAAUUAUAUUAGGUCAACUAGCUGAAACUAUCGCUACUGGUGAUAGCAAAUUUAUUAGAAACUUGUUAUGAAUAUUAGUUUUGUCCUGUUGCUAAAAAUAAAUUUAUGACUAUCCUUAAUGUA